AUGGAGAUGAUUCCGCCGGCUGCGGCGUCGUCGGCGCCACCACGCCAUGGCGGCGCGGUCACCGAGGAGGAGCGGCAGCGCAAACGGAAGACCUCAAACCGCCUCUCAGCGCAGAGGUCUCGCAUAAAGAGGCAGCAGCGCGAGGACAAUCUGGUCGUGCGCGCGGCCCAGCUCGAGAUCGACAACAACGCCAUGCGUGUCACCACCGCCCUCGUGCAGCAGCAAUGCAGCCUGGUCGAGCAGCAGAACCGUGUGCUCUUCGCAGACGCUCGUUGCCUCUACAGCCUUCUCCAGCAGCAAAACUCCCAGCUCCGCAUGCUCGGUCAGAUCACCGGCGUUCCGAUGGACGUGCAGGAAAUCCCCGUCCACCUCACGCAGCUGUACGGCGGCCUGCAGACGCCACCGCCGCCGCCCCUGCCCUUGCCGCCGGAGAUUCAGAUGAUGUUCCAGCCGGAGCAGCUCGAUGAUAUCAUGGACGAUGCAGGGAGUCUCCCGUGGCUCUGA